UCCUCCUCGCCUGCCCGCCCCCCUCGGGCUCGCUAUAGUCUUGGGCUCUGGACCAGGGUCGGGAAGUUUCCCGAGCUGCGCAGAGUCCAGAUGUGUGACCUGAUUGAGCCCCAGCCGGCGGAGAAGAUCAGCAAGAUGAAGAAGUUGCGCCGAACUUUGUCGGAGAGUUUCAGCCGGAUAGCUUUGAAGAAAGAGGACAGCAACUUUGAUGAGAUAUGUGUCACAAAGAUGUCUACACGGAACUGCCCAGGAAUGGACUCAGUAAUCAAACCCCUGGACACAAUUCCUGAGGACAAGAAAGUCCGAGUUCAGAGGACACAGAGCACUUUCGACCCCUUUGAGAAACCUGCCACUCAAGUAAAGAGGGUACAUUCUGAGAACAAUGCUUGCAUUAACUUCAAAUCCUCCUCCAGUGGGAAGGAAUCUCCCAAAGUUCGCCGGCAUUCUAGCCCCAGCUCUCCCACAAGUCCCAAAUUUGGAAAAGCUGACUCUUAUGAAAAACUGGAGAAACUGGGAGAAGGGUCUUAUGCCACUGUGUACAAAGGAAAAAGCAAAGUAAAUGGGAAACUUGUGGCAUUGAAGGUGAUCCGGCUUCAAGAGGAAGAAGGUACUCCUUUCACAGCGAUCCGGGAAGCCUCUCUAUUAAAAGGACUGAAGCACGCCAAUAUAGUAUUACUUCAUGACAUCAUCCACACCAAGGAGACAUUGACACUUGUGUUUGAAUACGUGCACACUGAUUUAUGUCAGUACAUGGACAAACACCCCGGAGGGCUUCAUCCAGACAAUGUGAAGUUGUUUUUAUUUCAGUUGCUGCGAGGACUAUCUUACAUCCACCAGCGGUAUAUUUUGCACAGAGACCUGAAGCCACAGAAUCUUCUCAUCAGUGACACGGGGGAGUUAAAGCUGGCAGAUUUCGGUCUUGCAAGAGCAAAAUCAGUCCCUAGCCACACGUACUCCAAUGAAGUGGUUACUCUGUGGUACAGGCCUCCAGAUGUCCUCUUGGGCUCAACAGAAUACUCCACCUGCCUUGACAUGUGGGGAGUUGGCUGUAUCUUUGUUGAAAUGAUUCAAGGAGUUGCUGCUUUUCCAGGAAUGAAAGACACAGAUCAACUUGAACGGAUAUUUCUGGUUCUUGGAACGCCCAAUGAGGAUACUUGGCCUGGAGUCUAUUCUUUACCACAUUUUAAGCCGGAACGCUUUACCCUGUACAGCUCUAAAAACCUUAGACAAGCAUGGAAUAAGCUCAGCUAUGUGAACCAUGCAGAGGAUCUGGCCUCCAAACUACUCCAGUGUUUCCCAAAGAACAGAUUGUCUGCCCCAGCAGCCCUGAACCAUGAGUAUUUCAGUGAUCUGCCCCCCCGGCUAUGGGAGCUAACCGAUAUGUCUUCUGUUUUUACUGUCCCAAAUGUAAGAUUACAACCAGAAGUUGGAGAAAGUAUGCGGGCCUUUGGAAAAAACAAUAGUUAUGGCAAAAGUCUGUCAAAUAGCAAGCACUGAAGAACACAUGGUUGCCGAAAGGGGAUGCAGAAAAUCUCGGCCUUCUUGAAACUGAAUAUGACUUUGAACAACUUUGUACGUGAAAAAAGAAAAAAAAAUCAUGUGUUCAUCUUGACUCCUCAUUCCACUGAACAGGGAUGACAAAAUAGAAGAAAGAAAGAGAAUCCUGGCUACCACAUAAGGUGGUUGGAGAGAAGAAUGUGUAGUCUGUGCUACUAACCUCCCAGAAAAAAAGUUUUUGGCAAAGUUCAGGAUCAUACCAUUUAACAAAGGGGAAGAUAUACAGAAUGAGUGAACUAAGAAACCUGCAUCUUCACUGAUAAGUAUAUGUUUGCAAAACCAUCUCCUUGUCAAAGUUGAACACAUUUUAGUCUUGGCUUUCUUUAACCCUUAGUGUAAUAUACUCAAUAGUCUAGUAAGACUUAGUAGCCUACUUGUGUUUGUUGUUUGCCAAGGAUUCCUUACUUAACCUUUAUGACAUUUACCCAUGUUCCCAAUUUCAUUAAAACUCAUGACCAGAAGCACCUAAGCAACUCAUGUCCAAUCCACUAUGUACCAGACCAAUACACAGAUGCAGUGUAAUAAUUCACAAAGCCUUCAUUUCAGUUGGGAGACAAGACCAGACGAGCACCCAGGUAGCCUAGCCCAACCCACAGCAGAUGCAAGGACCAAGGCAGCAGCAGGAAGCAGAGGAUGUAAGGUCUCAUCAAAGACUUCUGUCAGUGGAACUGACACCCAGUUAGAGCCCGAGUCCAUGUUAGAGAUGGAGCUAAUUCCAGGUUUGUGAUUAUGCAAGGAGACAGAGAAGUGAAUGUGGCCAGAGCUUAAGUCAAGAAACCAGAAUAUUGAGUAAAAACUGAAGAAUUCCUGCAGGGUAUAGUGCCUAGUUUCAAGUACACCAUCAAAGAGUACAGGCAAGAGAAGAAUUUAACCCAGACCCAAAGCCUCAAUUUAGAAACUGAGGUUAGAGCAAUUUACAAACAAGAAAAUACUAAACACAGUGACUGAGUCAAGUCAUUUUACCUCUGUUACAGUUUGCUCAAGUGUAAAAUAGAGAUCAUAACAACACCUACCUCAAAAAAUUGUUAUGAGUUCAAUGAUAUAUUUGUAAAAUGUGUAGUAGAGUAUUGGGGAUAUAAAAGAUGUUUAAUAAAAACUUUUUUUCUUCCUACCAAGGAGCUAUGGUUAGUAUUGCACAAGAUUUCAUAGCUGACAUAAUUUAAGAGAAAAGAGCUUGGAAUAUGAUAUUUUAAAAGAAGGCAAAAGAUAAAAAGGCUUACAACCAAGCAUCCAAGGAAAACCUUAAAAUGAUGCCACAAGCGACACGAUACAUCUUUAGGGAGAUAGAGGACUUCUAAGUAUUACUGAUGAAAAAAAUCAGUCUUAAGUAAAAUCUUUGAAAGGUUCUACAAUGAUAAAGUACUUAUAUUCUAAUAGGCGGAGAAAUAAGUGUUCCUUCAAAAUCCUUCUGUCUUUAAGAAAUAUAGAGUAUUAAGUAAAGCAAAUAGAGAUCCUGCGAAGUGAUUGUGUUCUAUGUAGGUGGCCCUAAGAGAAGAAAUAAAAGGGAGAGUAAAGGAAAUAUUCUAGCAAAGUAACAAGAAAGAAGAGGCAUUAAUUUAAUCUAUCACAUAAGAAAUUAGAUAUAUAUGCUUAUGGAGAGAAGGGAUAGGGGAAAUGAAUGUCAAGUAAAACUUACUCUGAUAUGAGGGGACAGAUAAGGGACUUGAACACAUAUACUCAGAUUUUGUUGUAGAAAUUCACUAAAUUCAACAAGGAAUAGAGUUAGGAAGAGAAGGGAGAGAUUUAUAAAAGGGAACAUAGCAUUACUGAGGGGUUAGACAUAAGCAAAAUAUUGUCAAAAUAUGUGAGAGGCAGGACCUAGACAAAGUUAACAAAAAAGAAACAUCUUUUGCUUAUAUGUCAUUUUGCUUCAAGUUGACAGAAUUAACCAUAAAUCUAAUUUAAGGGUGUACCUGUUCGCUUAUCUCUUAGUCUACAUGCAAAGGAUUUAAGAGAAUUUUACAAAGCAAGAUAUCAAUUAUUCCAAGUUAUAUGUCUAUAUGUUUGUUAAGACAUCUCAAAAAAAAAAAAAAAGAUAGCCAGUACAUUAGAUUAAUAUUAAAAAAAAAAAAAAGACUGAAAUGCACUGAGUUUUAUAACAUGGUCAGUUUUGAAGAUGGUGAAGAAAUAUGAUUGCUAGAAGGCCAUUCAAAUUUAAGAAAAUAACAUAUACAAAAGCAUGGUGUUAGGAAAUAAACAAAUUCUAUACAGGAAAAAAACCAGUUUAAACAGUUAAGCCCCUUCAUGUGACAGAUUUAGAUCAGAGGUUCAGAAUAAUAUGCUCAAGAGAGAAAAUUGGCCAAUCACAGGGCAAGGAUCCAGCCCAAUUCCUUCAUCAGCAAAGCUAGCACUUUAGCAGGAUUUUGUGCCAGAAAUUACUGCAUUUUUUCUUAGUGAUUUUAUUAGAUUUUAUUUUAGAGAAUUGAUCUCUCAACCCCAUUUUAUAUCCUAAUAGAAAUGUAAACUAAGUAAGACACUGGUUACAUCACUGGGAAUGAUGUGUCUCAAUUCCCUCUUCUGCUGCAGCAGAUGUUUCAAUCACAUAGUCAGUUAUAAGCCAGGACCUCAAGCCAUUAUUUAGUUGAUAUGUAGAAAGGAACUUUAUUCCAGGAAAUAAAAAUUAAAAGCUGGAAACACAAUGCAAAAAAAAAAA